CGCUGCGCAAGGUAGACGAAAGAAGGUCUUCACUUCUCGUCUGCACAUCCGUCUGUGCACCACUGGGAAUACAAACUACACAAGGCGCCAAAAGGACAUCUCCUCGGCGACUGCCAGUCAACUCUCGCUCACUACCUGCUCUCGCACGUUGGCCCGCGAUCAAGUUACAAGCUCGCAGUGAUCCGGCCGGCCCCUACUUGGCAUCUGUUCUCCUCGACACAGAACAAACCAAGCCACUGCCCACUGCAGCACACACCCAGCGGACAGCCAUACCAAGCAUUGCGGGCACGACAAACCGAGACUUUUGCUGUCGAUCGCUCGCUAUAAUCCCCCGAGUCCCUGUCGCAACGACGGCCUGAACGCAGCAACAGUCCCGCGUGCCACCCCACCGCGACUUUCCCUCGACACCUCCUUCCCAUCCGCCUUAUUCCCCCAUCUCCCCCCCCGAUAAAUUCACACGCACACAUACAUAGCUCACCUCCCGUCACAAUCUCCCGAUUAUCACGACUGGAUCCACGAGCAUCCACCUCUCCUGCCAAAACUUUUCCCGGCAUCCACCUGGGUCUCAGCAGCAACGCCCAUCUCUGGCUGAGCCCUCUGCUGGAUCGUCGCGUCAUCGUACGCAAAGAUAAUAUAACCUGCAAGCACAAGCCUCACAAUGUCCUAUACGAACGAGGUACCCCUCUCUCCUCGGCGCAGUAUCCCUCCCAGCGACCCUCCCAAUCACUCGCGAGCUCGCCGAGGCCCCGAUACUGCCGCUUCAGGUAUCGAUGCAGAACAUCUCCCCCGACAACAGUUCUUUCCUGAAGGUAGCGAUGGAGACGAGGAUUUUGAUGAGGAGGACGAAGGUGAUGAUGCGGAUGUCUUUGCCUUCAGUCGGCCGGUGACUGCUGCCCAGCCUGGCGGAGUCAAGGCAUCUGGGUAUGGUAUAGCACCAGCGCCGGUUGCUGCCAGGCCAAACACCGGAAGGCCUGCAACCGGUGCUGUGAGCUGGGCGCCCUCUCCUUUGGAGGAGACCCACGAGUCUACUGAGCAUGUUGGGUCAAGCACAGGACCUGGUACCAUCUCCUACGGCGAUGUACCUACUCUUCCUCUGCAAGACACGCCACGAUCCGUCAAUCCCAACCCUCAGAAAAAGGACAAUGUGCCCACCCCGACUGGUGUCAUCGACAUUGGUGGUCAUCUCCCCGAUACCACCUACGACAAGGCCAAUCCUCCUCCCUUCUCUGGUAGGAACAACCCCAACAAUUCUAGUUUCGCUAGUUUCGCCUUCAACAUGAGCAACCCUCCAAAGGCCCGACGGCCCAGGACCGGGCAGAGUCUUUUGGACAAAAUCCAACGUCGGAGAAAACCCGAGACGGGAGAGUCUAGCAUCACGACGACGACUGGUCUUACGGGUGGAGCAGGGGAACACGAUGCGGAUGGCUUUUCUGAUAUUGCCUCCCUUCCCGGUAUCAACGAGAUUGUCCCCCACUCGGCUCGAAGACGUUCCAGCAAUACUAAGAGUAUCAUGUCUGGCUCGUCCUUUGUCACAGAGUCAGAGGUCACCAGUGACGACCGGCAUACUCGCCGAAGCAGGCAGUUCAGUCGAGGAAGUAUCGGGUUGACAGAGAUGACCGGGGACAUGACUGUGCCGGAUGGCAAGACGACGUGGGGCGAUGGCUAUGGGGGCAGAAAGGGUGAAGAAGUUGAGGGAGACAGUAUGGCGGAUCUGGAUAUGGAUAUGGUCGAAGAAGAUAGUCCUUAUCCUGAAGUGCGAGCUUCAGUAUCGAAUAUAGACGAUCCAGACAUGCCUGCUAUGACCUUCCGAGCAUGGUUUCUAGGAAUACUUUUCACCAUUCUUGCGUCUGCGUGUAAUACUUAUUUCCAUUUCCGUACCCCUGCCCCUUAUAUAUCUCCUCUCAUUGUCCAAGUUUGUGCCUAUCCUGUCGGCAAAUUCUUCGCCUGGUGUCUUCCUAUCAACGACUACGCUCUUCCCCGCUGGCUCGGUGGCGCCGAGUUCAGUUUGAACCCGGGACCGUUCAAUAUCAAGGAGCAUACCAUCAUUGUCAUGAUGGCCAAUGUCGCCAUUGGUCCCGCCUAUGCCCUUUACGCCACCGUUUCCAGCGAACUGUAUUACGGCCACAACUGGGGCAUUGGUUUCUCCAUCAUGUUCCUUUUGGCGACACAGAUGACAGGUUUCAGUCUUGCGGGUAUCUGCCGUAGAUUCGUCGUCUGGCCUGCGUCCAUGAUCUGGCCUGCCAACUUGGUAGUCGCUACCAAUUUGAAUACCUUCCAUGCUGAAGAAGAUGGUUUCACCGGUGGUAUGAGUCGUUUCAAGUUCCUCAUCAUUUGCGGCUCCAGCGCUUUCAUCUGGUACUUUUUCCCGGGAUUCAUCUUCACCUCGCUGUCAUACUUUUCCUGGGUGUGUUGGAUCGCUCCAAACAACAACGUCGUCAAUGAGCUCUUUGGAGUCUCUACCGGAUUGGGCAUGGGUCUCCUCACCUUUGACUGGACCCAGGUGACUUGGAUUGGUUCUCCUCUGACCACUCCUUGGUGGGCCUCUGUCAACAUCGGUGUCGGUUUCGUGCUCUUCUACUGGAUCCUCACGCCAAUCCUCUACUACACCAACGUUUGGGAAACGGCAUACCUUCCCAUCAGCGUCACUCAAGCAGCCGAUCGCUUCGGCUCGACGUACGACAUCUACAACAUCCUCACCGAGGACAUCACCCUCAACCAGACUGCUUACGCCGAAUACUCUCCCGUCUACCUCUCCGCGUCCUUCUGUGUCACCUUCAUGGUAGCUUUCGCCCUGUCGACCGCACUCAUCGUGCACACGGCCCUCUAUCACGGCCCUAGAAUCUACCGGGCCAUCGUCAACGUCAAGACCGAGGCCGACGACAUUCACUUCAAGCUCAUGAAGAUGUACCCCGAGGUCCCCGACUGGUGGUUCCUCGCCCUCUUCUUGGUCGUCUUUGUACUUGCGGUGGUGUCGCUGGAGGUGUAUCAUACAGAGUUGCCUGUAUGGGGCUAUAUCAUCAGUGUGCUGUUGCCGUUGGUAUAUAUCAUACCGACGGCGUUCAUCUACGCGAUGACUUCACAGCAGGUGACUAUCAAUCUCCUCGCAGAGCUGAUACCUGGAUUCAUCUUCCAAGGGCAACCUCUUCCGGGAAUGAUCUUCAAAGUGUUCUCUGUCCAGAGUAUCGUCGAGGCCUUGUCUUUUAUCCAGGAUCAGAAACUCGGCCACUACAUGAAGGUCCCUCCCCAAGCUACCUUCGUCGCCCAGCUCACUGCUACCACUGUCGCCUGUUUCGUGCAGAGCGGUAUGAAGGAGCUUUUGUUUCAUGUUGUCAAGGAUAUCUGUACUUCCACCCAGAAGAGUCUUUUGACAUGUGCGUCGACAAAGACAUUCUUUACAUCUUCCAUCAUCUGGGGUUUGAUUGGUCCUGAGCGACUCUUCAGUAAAGGCUCUUCCUACUACCCUCAAGUGUUUGCUCUCGUCGCCGGUGCAAUCCUCCCUAUUCCCCUUUGGUUCUGGGUCAGAAAGUACCCUCGGUCGAUCUUCCGAAACAUGAACUUCCCCGUCAUGUUUAGCGGCUCCCUCGCCAUUCCUCCUGCAAGUGGUAUCAACUACUCGAGCUGGAUUGUGGUCGGGUUCGUGUUCCAGUUCUGGCUGAGGAGGAGGAGGUUUGCCUGGUGGUCAAAGUAUAAUUAUGUCCUUUCCGCUGCUUUAGAUGUCGGCACCGCCCUUUCUGCCAUCGCUCUUUUCUUGUUCUUGGAUCUGCCAGGCGCGUCUCUCAGCUGGUGGGGUACGAAGGUGCAUAAGAACACUGCCGAUUGGGACGGCACCGGUGCUGCGUAUUUGACUGCUCCUGCCGAAGGCUUUGGUCCCAGCACUUGGAAGCUAUGAUACAACCCCUGCUUCAUCCGUAUAUAAUCUAGUCCUUCAUUCGCCUUACAUACGCUUGAACAACAUCGCCUCGUCCCGGCUUUUCCUGUUCAUCUACAUUAUUUCCGGGGUCUUUAGUCUUUUUGCAUAUUCCCUUCUUCUGUACCAACUCGUUAUCGUGGGAUUCCUUCACUCUUUCCAAAAUCCCUGCCAUAUACUAUCUAGUUCCUAAGAAAGAGAGUACCAAUGACAAUGUUAUCAUAUAUAGUGAUAUCACUUACACCGCGUAUACGCACAAGUUGGUCACAGCGUGCACAAAAGAGGUACUGAUAAGUGAUCGGUGUGCAAAGGGGAGUUUGUUUAACUCUUGCCCGGAAUAGUCACAGCAUCGCGGCUUCUCCUAUCUUUUGGGAUAGGAUAUGAGGCUGUAUCGCUGCGCUCUGCGCACACUCGGGGAAAUGGGGUGGAAGGCAUUGCACCUCAAUCUGAGGCAUCGGAAGGUAAAUUUGAGGGUACAGCGUGCAGCGAAUGCAUCGUACCUUUUGACUGCGGCCGCGACACUUGUCUUAUAUCUAUGAUAUCUAUGACAUGUGACGCAUUUACAUCAGCCACGCCACGCGGUGCUCGACAUUCCAGAGCCCUCUCUCUCAGCUCAACAGACAACAGCGCGAUCACUUCUCGCCCGAAAUAUCCAGGUACGCUACGAGUUUAAUGGUCUCUGUUGUGAAGCAACAGACCAGCAUGCCAGCAACACGCUAUGGCGCCAUGUGCGAUGGUGCAAAGGCCGGGAGUAUCGCCCGCACAACCUCACUGUACGAUCACAAGAGACUCUAUGUGGAAAGGUCUGAGGUCGUCCAGCAUCGUCUGAAGCUCGCGCACGAUACGAUCGUUUCGCUUGACUAUCAGUUCUUCGUCGGGAAAGGUGGUAAGCGCCCGUUCUAUGAAUUCGCGCUCAUAUAUUUCGGGCGUGUCCCCGAUAUGCGUGGUCUCAACCCUGCCGAGUUUGGAGUAGAGUCGGAAUGGAUGGGUUGAGGGACGAUAUUGUCGGGAAGGCCGAGCGGGUGGUAAGUGGCCAGCCAGUGGCGUACAGUCGGCGGGCCGGUCUGUAGAUCCUUGAAGAGGGUUCAUGAGGGGUGUGUACUUCCUGGGAGGAAGGGUGGGUAGAGAAGAGGGGAUAUGCUUUGGACAAGAGAUGGAGAGAAAGCAGAGAGAAGACAGAAGAAAGAAGUUGCGCCGCUGGUGGAAGCUCAGGGA